CCCUAACCUCACUUAAAAAACCACCAACAUGCCGAAUUCCACCAACCCGCCCCAGAUAGACCUAGCAGCCUACCUCUUCACGCGCAUCCACCAACUCGGUAUCCGAAGUAUCCACGGUGUCCCCGGCGACUUCAACCUCGUCGCCCUCGACUACAUCGAACCCGCCGGCCUAACUUGGGUCGGCAACGCUAACGAGCUCAAUGCCGGCUACUCCGCAGACGGAUAUGCGCGCGUUAAGGGAGUCUCAGCGCUGAUCACGGCUUUUGGCGUAGGGGAGCUAUCAGCCCUCAAUGCUGUUGGCGGCGCGUUUGCGGAACGGGCGGCUGUCGUGCAUAUUGUUGGUGUGCCGAGUACGGCGUCGCAGAAGGCACGGUUGACUAUGCAUCAUUCGUUUGGGGAUGGGGACUUUGGGAGGUAUAGGAGGGUUUAUGAGGGGUUUAGCUGUGCACAGGUCAAUCUCACGGACGCUAGUACCGCGGCUGAGAUGGUGGAUUGGGGGCUACGGCAAUGUCUGCUGCAGAGUAGGCCAGUUUAUAUUGAGUUGCCGACGGAUUUCGUGCAGGCGAAGGUUUCUGCAGAAAGACUGGAGCAGGAUAUCAGGCUUUCUCUUCCAGUGGCUGAGAAUGAUGAGGUGAUUGAGAAUGCCGCCAUCGAGGACCUCCUUCGGCGCUUAUACGCUGCCAAACAGCCGCUGAUCAUCGUCGACGGGUUCGCGCCUAGGUACGGCAUCAGCGAGGAAGCAGAUGGUCUGGUCCGCGUAACCGGAUUCCCAACUUCAACGACUCCCUUCGGAAAAGGAAUCGUGAACGAAACAUACCCCAACUUCCACGGCAUAUACGCCGGCGCCGCAGGCAAACAAGUCUACAUGCCAUGGGUGAACUCAUGCGAUUUAAUCGUCCGCAUUGCUCCCCUUAAUGCCGACACAAACACGUACGGCUACACAACCCUAACCAACCGCAAUGUCACUGUCGAGAUCGGACAAAACUCGAUUGAAAUUUGUGGUGCUCUAUAUCGCGAUCUCAAUACCAAGGUUUUUCUCCAGAAGUUACUGUCCCGUCUAGAUACUUCCAGACUACCAUGUCUGGACCCAUACCCAGAUCUGGGGAACAUGCUGCAGAUCCGAGACCAGCUGCCUGCGCCGCAAUCAGACGCACCUAUUAACCAGGAUACCUUCUGGCUGCGCGUGUCGCAUUUCUUUCGCUCCGGCGACAUCGUCAUGACAGAGACUGGAACCUCGUCAUCGGGGGGCAGAGAGUUCGUCCUCCCCCCGCAAACUACCAUGAUCAACUCCGCUAUCUGGCUCUCCAUCGGCUACAUGCUUGGCGCGUGCACAGGGGCAGCAAUAGCACAAGCAGAGCAGAUUGCCUCCGGCACUCGCCCCUCGUCCAGCCGUACAAUCCUCUUCGAGGGGGACGGCAGCUUCCAAAUGUCCGCACAGUCGGUGAGCGAUAUGAUCCGCAAUCGCGUCAACGUUGUCAUCUUCCUCAUCAACAAUGAUGGGUACACUAUCGAGCGGUACAUCCACGGUAUGAAAGCAAAGCAUAACUGGGUUCAGCCGUGGCGGUACCUCGAGUCGCCGUGGUAUUUCGGGGCUCCGAGGGAUGACCCGGAUUAUCCAGUUUUUACUAGACGCGUGACGACGUGGGGUGAGCUUGUGGAGGUUCUGGAGGAUAGGCAGCUUCGGGCGGGGAAGGGGUUCAAUAUGGUUGAGGUUGUUAUGAAUGUUGAAGAUGCGCCGUCGUCGUUGAAGAACUUGGUGCUCAUGGUGCAGAAACGAAAUGCUGGGGGCCCGGAACGGAUGAGAACUGAGAAGGAGGUGGAGGAGAGGGUUCAGGUUACUGCAUAGACUUGUUUUGAAGGGCGAAUCUCGAGAUAUAAAGAUGGUGCACAUAAUAACAUAUAGAAAAUAGAUGUACAAAACUAUCUUCAUUUUCCCCUCCUCUUCCUCCGACGAUAACUCUCUCCAGGAACCCAAUGAUGGAAGUAAAUCUGUUUCUGCUGCUCUUGCUCUUGUCUAUACCCAUUCCCAACCACAGCCCCAAC